UGAUCUGAGAGCACAGACUAUCAUGGCGGCGCCAUUGGAUUCCUUGCCGCAUCAUUUUUUUGUCCACGGAGUGGGGAGUGUUAAACGUCAGAAUUGAGUGAGAAGUCUCGACGGGAUGUUCAUAAAGCGGUCAUUUUAGGUCACACAGGCGGAAUUCUACAACUGAGGUUGCCUGAAUAUUAGCCUACAAAGAACCUGUUGAGCGGUUCUGUUCCCUGUUGUCAUGGUGCUCCUUCGGUAGCCCGAGACCCUGCUUACCAGGGUGGAGGAGUGUGUGAGGACGUGCUGCCGGCAUGGCGUACUUUGUGCAGCUGUUCUGUCGGACAGUCCGCACAGUUGGCCUUGUCCUGUUCUACUAUGUUUUUUCCAUCGGCAUUACCUUCUACAACAAAUGGCUGAUGAAGGGCUUCCAUUUCCCCCUCUUCAUGACUCUGGUCCACCUGGCAAUAAUAUUCUGCCUGUCUGCCUUGACACGCUCAGCAAUGCAGUGUUGGACUGGCAAGCCCAGGGUCCUGCUUAGCUGGAACAGCUACAUGUACAAGGUGGCCCCAACAGCACUAGCUACAGCUUUGGAUAUAGGCCUGUCCAACUGGAGUUUCCUCUUCAUCACCAUCAGCCUAUACACUAUGACCAAGUCCUCUGCUGUGCUCUUCAUCCUGUUCUUCUCCCUGGUCUUCAAAUUGGAGGAACCGAACCCAUUCUUGGUUUUGGUGGUCCUCCUGAUUGCUGGUGGCCUUUUCAUGUUCACCUUUGAGUCCACGCAGUUCAAUCUGCAGGGCUUCAUCAUGGUGCUGCUCGCGUCCUUCAUCGGCGGGAUCCGCUGGACGCUCACGCAGGUCCUGAUGCAGAAGGCGGAGCUCGGCCUGCAGAAUCCAGUGGACACCAUGUUUCACCUGCAGCCUGUUAUGUUUAUGGGCCUCCUCCCACUCUUUCUGUACAACGAAGGCCUCAGCCUGUGCACCUCAGUGAAGCUGUUCCGCUCCAGCGAGCUCUCCCCGCUGCUGUACUCCCUGCUCACGCUGUCAGCGGGUGGGGGCCUCGCCUUCGGCCUGGGCUUCUCUGAGUUCAUGCUGGUCUCCCGCACCUCCAGCCUCACGCUGUCCAUCGCUGGCAUCUUCAAGGAGGUGUGUACACUGCUGUUAGCUGCUCGGUUAAUGGGGGACAAGAUGACCGCACUGAACUGGCUGGGGUUUGCUGUCUGUCUCUCUGGGAUCUCUCUGCACAUGGGGCUGAAGACCUAUUACUCCAAAGGUAAGAGCCCCACCCUGAGACAGCUGUCCAGUCAAGACGGCAGAGAUCUGGAGCUGCCCUUGCUCCGACAUGGCCAGGAGGAGGGGGAGGACAUGGAGGAGACUUGUGAUGAAGAGGAGGAGCAGAGGAUCCUGCACUGAGUGAAAGCGACCAUGGACGGGCAGGUGUACCGCGCUGCGUGAAUGUCGCAAGAGGAAAGGCUAGCAGGGUUCCGUAGACAUUCUCCAUGGAAGAGAAUCAAGAGGAAGAUGAGGAUGGUGAAGAGGAAGGAAACACUGCUGCACACCCAGUGCUUCAAUUGCCAUCCAUCUCCUGAGAAUGUCUUCCGGAUCUUGUAACAUUAAUCAGGGUUAAAAUUUCUAUGGAGGACUAAUGACUUUCCAGUGUGCAAGAUACAAUAGUGAAAGGAAGGGAUUUCUAUCCUCGUUAUGCAUAUCUGGAUUUAAGGAGCAAGUUCUGUACAGAGGAAGAGCUUUACAUAUAGACUUUACAUAGUCCCCUGUGUUUGUUCAGAGGACCAGGCUGCUGACUGUUUACUCCUAACUGAUAUUUUCUCGCAUUGAUUAUGUGUAUAUGGGACCAAUGCAGUGGUCAGAUUGAAAGAAUUUUCAGCAAAUCAUUUCAUUUCAAUUAAAUGAGCUUCUGCGUA